AUGCGUAACGCUGGACGAGUAACGAAGACAGAGCGAGUCACAGCGGGUACGAGGCUAUGCAUUGGAGCGACAAGGAUGGAGCUACGACGUAAACAAGCUAGUACCGAAGCGAGUACCGAAGUGACGAGGCACCGAGCGGUGGUGUGCCUUGUUAAAAGCGGAACUCAAAAUUCCAAUUUUAAAAGUUUCUCCACGGGAGUUACAUUUUGGCACACCCUAAAAGAAUUAGAUGACUUUUAUAGAGAAUUAGAUAUAGGGACACAUACCUCCAAUUUUAUAUAUAUACUAGCUGAUACCCGCCCGUUUCGCUGGGUAUGCAAUAAAAUUCUAUUGUGUAACCUAGACGGAAAAUAUAAACAAAAUGAUGAGAGCUUGAUAAACAAUCUUAAUGUCUAA